GCUACACAUGCAAGCUUCAAUAUCAGACAACAGUCUGUGAAACUUACAACAUCUCUAUAGAUUUUAACUUCUUCAUCGCAGGUUGUGAAACCACGAACAAAUGAUAGUAAGAACAGCAAAAUAUGUGUUAGCCUCAGCAUGGCCGGUACUAAAAACUAUAAUUUCGUAUGCAAUGGUUGUUUAAUCAUGUUAGAAAAAACGGUAUAAUCUCGUUCAAUAUUAUACAGAAUAUAAAGUUUUUAUUACCAGUGCGGAAUCAUAUAUAGGUUCUAAGGAAUUAAAAUUAUCAAAUCCCAGUUAUAACAGUUAAAAUGCAUAUAUAAUAAAGGUUAGUAUAGGAAACUGUCCAUUUAAAAAGAUUUACUGUUUUAUAAUUCUGAUGUAUAAGGCCCACUGCUUUUUAGCUAUAAAAGCUUAAACUUAAAGUGUAACUAAUAAGUCUUAUAAGUUAUGACCAACCACCAUGGUACUUUAAAAAUGCAGGCACGUUCGAUUUAAUUCUGUUGUUGUUUACAAUUAGGAUAUGUCUUUUAUCAGUGAUACUGCUUUUCCACGUCAAAUUGCUGAUCACGUGAUAAAGAACGCCAUGCGCGGUGAUGUCACAAGCGUGAUUAACGUAAUGAAUCAGUAUUGUCAUGCAUUGAAAUCAGUUGGAAUGAACGUCGGUGAUGCUAAAGGUGCCAUACUGGAUAAAUGUUUUUUGGAAGCAUCGCCGCAAAACGUUUUGGAAUUAGGUUGUUAUUGUGGCUACAGUGCUCUUAGAAUGGGUCGGUUGCUGAAAGAAGGUGCAAAGAUAUACACAGUCGAAGGGAAUCCAGAUUUCGCUGAUGUGGCGCAAGAGAUAAUUACCUUUGCCGGAAUGGAGGAAAAGAUUCAAAUUGUGCGCGGAUUUAGUGAGAAAGUUUUGCCAACUAUUGCUGCAAAGUACGGAGUUCGGACUUUUGAUUUCGUUUUUAUUGAUCAUGCCAAGGACCUCUACGAACGGGAUUUGAAAAUGCUUGAAGAUCUCGGGUUAAUGAGAAAUGGGACUACCAUACUUGCAGACAAUGUCAUCUACCCUGGCGCUCCGAAAUACUUGGAAUACGUGAGAAAUAACACAAAAUAUGAUUGUACGACCUACCCUACCAAACUACAAUUCCGUGAAAACAUAGAUGAUGCAUUGGAAAGGUUCAAACUCAGUAUAUUCAACAAAACAGUUCGGGUUACAACGACAAAACAACAUCGACGUCACGAUACUCUCCGGCCUCUAACUGCCUGGUCCAGGCUCACACUGCCUAGCUCUACAGCAGGGCUAAUAAAGGAGAUAACGCAAAGACGAGAAGAAGCGUUAUACACGAGAAACAUUAUAAACAUUAUACAGCAAGGCAAAGUUUCUCAGUAUUGUAAAUAAAGAAGCAUUGUUAUACAUGGGUUACAGGAAACAAUCUAGGCGCAUACACAUUAUGCCAGCUGUUAAAGUUACACAACGCAAAAUUCAAUCUUUAUGCAUUAAGUUAAAUUUAGAUAAUUGUAUAUAUUAAAUAUCUGUGCUCGGAGCACACUCAACCGCUACAACCUCUAAGCAUGAUUGGUCGUCGUGGCGCGAGUGCGCCUUUUUCUUC